GCGGCCCCCGCGGCUCCGCGCCUGCGCCCUGGUCGCCAAGAAGCGACGAUGGCGGCUGCGGCGGUGGCUGCCCCAGAAGUCCUCCGGGAAUGCGGCUGCAAGGGCAUCCGGACCUGUCUGAUCUGCGAGAGGCAGCGCGGAGGUGACCCGCCCUGGCAACACCCCCCGCAGAAAACGCACCGUUUCAUUUACUACUCUGACACUGGCUGGGCCGUGGGGGCCGAGGAGUCUGACUUUGAAGGCUGGGCCUUCCCCUUCCCCGGUGUGACGCUGAUAGAGGAUUUUGUGACCCGGGAGGAGGAAGCCGAGAUGGUGCAGCUGAUGGACCGGGAGCCUUGGAAGCUCUCCCAGUCUGGACGGAGGAAGCAGGACUAUGGCCCCAAAGUCAACUUCCGGAAACAGAAGCUCAAGACCGCCGGCUUCAGAGGCCUCCCCAGCUUCAGCCGGGACGUGGUGCGGAGGAUGGGCCUGUACCCCAUCCUGGAGGACUUCCAGCCCGUGGAGCAGUGUAACCUGGACUACUGCCCCGAGCGGGGCUCGGCCAUCGACCCCCACCUGGAUGACGCCUGGCUGUGGGGGGAGCGGCUGGUGAGCCUCAACCUCCUGUCCUCGACUGUGCUGUCCAUGUCCCGGGAGGCGCCCGGCAGCCUGCUGCUCUGUCUGGCCCCUUCUGGCUUCCCGGAGGCCUUGGUGGAAGGGGUGAUGGCCCCCAGCAGGUCCGUCCUGUGCCAGGAGGUGGAGGUGGCCGUCCCCUUACCCCGCCGCUCCCUGCUCGUGCUCACGGGCGCCGCGCGGCACCAGUGGAAGCACGCCAUCCACCGCAGACACAUCGAGGCCCGCCGCGUCUGCGCCACCUUCAGGGAGCUGUCGGCCGAGUUCCGUCCUGGCGGGCGGCAGCAAGAACUGGGGCAGGAACUCCUGCAGAUCUCGCUCUCCUUUCAAGGGAGACCUAUGUGAGCCACCUCCCUGGGGACAGGAGCUGGGGCCGGGCCUGGCCAGGGUGCCGGCUCCGGGCUUGACUGUCUGCCAGGAUUUGAGGCCGGGAAGCCCGGCACGGGGGGCUUUCUCCCCAGCUUAGUAGCUUUUAAGAGAAGACUGCUCAGCAUCCUGACACGACGACGGUGUGCGCCCUGCCUGGGAGCCGGAUGGGAUGGAACCGGGCCUUGGGUCAGUCCUGUCUGACCUAUCCCAUGGCCGCCUGUGUGGCUGGCUUGUCACAGUUGGAGGGCAGUGGGGUCAUUUGAGCUUAAACACGUUGGUACCACCUAAAAACGUUUUCUCCUUUAUCCCUCUCUCAAUGAAGUUCCCUGAUAACCCCA